UAUUGUGACGUAGGUAGCUGAAAACUUAAAACGAUACAGCACUUCAGGGUUGGAGGUAGUGUUAUUGUUCGAUUUGAAGAUUUUGGAGGAAGCCGAGACUUUGCUAAUAUUGUGGAGAAUGUAAUCGAUAAUCAGAAGUGUGACCUUAUUAAAAUCUAGGCACACACAUGCCUGGCCUAGAUGCUUUUUUCCAUAUUACAGCAGCAUAUUUAGACAGGCUGAGGUAAGCUAGCAAGCUCGGUCCUAAAGAAGCCGAUGGAUGCGCGGGUAUCGGAGUUAUUUGGGUCAGCAAGCGGGCACAGCUCCGGUGGAUCUCAGGGAUCCGCGUCUAACCACAAGCCAGGAAAUGGCAACGGGGUUGUCUCGAAAAAGGCUGGUGCAAAGAGCAAGAAAGCAAGAACUCGAUUUCCUCGCAACUUCAAACCGAGCAAUAACACCCCAUAUCUACCCCCAGAGGCUGAAGAGGGAAACAUAGAAUACAAGCUAAAGCUGGUGAACCCCACACAAAACCGCUUUGAGCACCUGGCAACACAAAUGAAAUGGCGACUGCAGGAGGGUCGGGGCGAAGCCGUCUAUCAAAUAGGUGUCGAGGACAAUGGCAUGCUGGUGGGACUGUCAGAGGAGGACAUGAGGGCAUCGCUGAAAACACUCCAUAGGCUGGCCGAGAAAGUGGGAGCUGACAUUGCAGUUCUUAGAGAACGAGAGGUAGAAUACGACUCUGAUAUUCCUCGGAAGAUUGCUGAAGUUCUCAUACGAAAGGUGCCCGAUGAUCAGCAGUUCUUAGACCUACGAGUGGCAGUCCUGGGUAACGUGGACUCUGGUAAGUCCACUCUGUUGGGUGUUUUAACACAAGGCGAGCUGGACAACGGCCGGGGAAGAGCGAGACUCAACCUCUUCAGGCACCUGCAUGAAAUCCAGACUGGGCGCACAUCAAGCAUCAGCUUUGAGAUCCUCGGCUUCAACAGCAAAGGAGAGGUUGUAAAUUACAGCGAGUCUCGCACUGCAGAGGAGAUCUGUGAGAGUGCCUCUAAAAUGAUCACGUUCAUAGAUCUGGCUGGUCACCACAAGUACCUGAAAACCACCAUUUUUGGCCUCACCAGCUACUGUCCAGACUUUGCUAUGUUGGUCGUUAGCGCAAACACUGGCAUUGCCGGUACGACAAGAGAACAUCUGGGUCUCGCCAUGGCCUUGAAGGUCCCCAUCUUCAUUGUUAUCAGCAAAGUAGACCUCUGCACCCGAGCCACUGUGGAGCGCACGGUGCGGCAGCUAGAGCGGGUCCUGAAACAGCCAGGCUGCAACAAAGUGCCCAUGGUUGUUGGCAGCACCGACGACGCAGUCACAGCAGCACAGCAGUUCGCCCAGUCGCCCAGCAUCACACCCAUCUUCACCUUAUCCAGUGUGACUGGUGAAAGCUUAGACAUGCUCAAGGUCUUCUUCAACAUCAUCCCUCCUCUCAGCAACAGCAAAGAGCAGGAAGAGCUUAUGCAACAGCUCACAGAGUUUCAAGUGGAUGAGAUCUACACAGUUCCAGAAGUGGGGACAGUGGUAGGAGGCACUCUGUACAGUGGAAUAUGUCGCGAGGGGGAUCAUCUUGUAGUAGGACCCACAGAGUUGGGCCAGUUCCACAAGCUGACCGUUGGCAGCAUCCAAAGAAACCGCUCGGCGUGCAGGGUACUCAGGGCGGGCCAGGCUGCAACGCUUGCUCUGGGAAACUUCGACCGCUCACUAUUACGCAAGGGUAUGGUAAUGGUGAGCCCAGAGAUGGAUCCUACUAUCUGCUGGAUGUUUGAGGCUGAGAUUGUCCUGCUUUUUCAUGCCAAGACCUUCCACAAAGGCUUCCAGGUUACUGUGCACAUUGGAAAUGUGAGACAGACCGCCACAGUGGAAGCUGUUUAUGGCAAGGAGGAGCUGAGAACAGGCGAAAAAGCAGUGGUUCUCUUCAAGUUCAUCAAACACCCUGAAUAUUUGAAGGUGGGGGCUAAGAUGCUCUUCAGGGAGGGCGUGACCAAAGGUAUUGGUCAUGUCACCAACCUGCAACCCAUUUCCUAUCACUACCAACAUUUUCAAGGGCAGGAUGAGAAAGCCUGAAGUUUUUUGUUUAGACCAUCGCAGCUUUGAAAACUCCGUCCCAGCCCUAAAAACAAAACCCAAGGUGCUUUACGGACUGCAUCACACCUCUCAAAGGCCUUUUGGACCUCUGCUAGCAAAGUAAACAUCUGCUGCCGGAUCUUGUUGUUUUUGUCAACUUUUGUUGUUUUUUUCCUCCAAACCCUCCUUACCUCCCCUUGCUUGUUUUAUCUUCUUUAGACUUUGACAGUACUGAUAUUUUAAUUCCCGUCCCGGUUUUCAGGUUUAAAUUAGUUGCAAUUCUUGGCACUGAAACAUCACAUCCCACUGAAACGUCUUAAUUUUAAGGGGAAAAAAAAAAUCAAUCGAAUCAUUUUACAUCGGUGUUGAAGAGCUGCUAAUAAACUGGACUCCUAAAUGCACUCCUCACACACACACACACACUGAUCUGCACUGAGCACUGCCAGCGAUGGUUUCUCUGUGGAAGAACAAUUUUUCUGUUUUGCAAAGAAUGAGAUAUUUUGACAUGGUGUAAAUGGCAUCACUGUUGUGAAAUAAGUCAUCAUUAUCAGUGAACAACAGAAUCUGAUCUGCUACGAGCACAGUGCCUGAUAAACCAAGGAUCUUAGUAUUUAAGUAUAUGUAAAGCGUUUUAUUCACUCAAAUUGCCAUGAGAAUUCAGCUUUUUCGUAAAUUGUAUUUAGACUGCAAAUAUAGCUUCACACUGCCGACUCUAACAUACAAUCUAUAACCUGUGCAAUGGGAGAUGGAGUAACUUUAAAUUAGUCAUUUAAAGUUAUCAUUUCAGGUGUCAUUUAGCGAUCAUUGCAAAUCGAGAGAAAAAUGUUAAAAAAAAAAAAAAAUUCAGUCAAAGGAAACACUUUAAAGAGUUUAAAACUCAAACGUAUCACAGUUGAAAUUAGCAUUAUUUUUUAAAUUGUUGCCUUUGCUUCACCAUUUCUAUAUCAGAGUUUACAAAAAGACAGUAAACCCAGCAAACUUUGCAUUUGCAUAGUACAAAAUUUGCAUACUGUAAAAGUCAUGUGCUACGCUGGACAAACAGUCAGAUGGAUCUGAAUCACCAGCAAUGGCAUGUUGACCUGGCGGGUGGGGGAAAAAAAAGCAUUCAGGGUUGGAGGAAAGUCGACAGCUAAAACUGUUUUGCGAAAGCAUGACAGGCACACUUUCUGUAGACACUCGGUCUAAACAUCUACAAACAACCAAUUUCCUUUUCUCGUUACUUUCUACUCACACCAUAUCCUUUUGGUGGACUUAUUUAAGGAUAAAAGACGCAUUUGUGAGUGUCGGGCACAGCUUAUUAGAGUGAAGCAGAAUGCUGUUGGUGCUGCUGAAGAGGGCAUUUGGAGAAUGUAAAUGGGAGUUUAUGUAUAAACCUUGUUGAGGUUACGUGUCAGUCUGUCAAGAUUGCAAAGGUUUUCCUGUCACACCUGUUGGAAUCUGUUUUUAUUCACAAGUAAUGCCUCACAGUAGUAUGGUGAGAUUGUUAGAAUCCUCCCAGCUAUCACAAGUGCUUUAGUUACUCAGGGCAGCAUAUUAGUGACGGCGUUCCCUUUUCACAGAGCCACUCUGAGGUUUCUGUUGCUGUUUUGAGAGUUGGUGAUUUUGAGGAAAGCCAGAGAAUGAUAUAUUUUUUUCCCAAAGAUUUGUGUUUUGUUUAUUAGUGUGUGAAAAUGGCUUCUGAUGCAACUUUCUUUCAAAGCAACGAUAUUCGAGGUACUUGAUGUCAUCUCUUAAGUUACUGAUGUCACAUGCUUGGAAGGGAUUCAAACACAGUGCCUAGUGGAGCUACUGCCAGGGUAGCCUUCCAUCACAUCCCAACGUUUUACAGCUGAGGGACAAACACGCUUUGGUUGGUGCUACUGCUAGAAACAGGUUCUGAUAUUUCUACUUGCGUUUUUGUUCCGUAGCACCCACGUUGUUAAUGUACAAUUUACCUGCAAAGUCGAGAACAUGUGAUUAUAAAGUUCAACCAAAUCAUUUAUAGCAUUUAAUAAAGAGUAUUAGUAUGUUUUAAUGCAUUACAGUUGGAUAUUUUAGAUUUCUAAGUAGUUUGAGAUUUUACUGUUUUUAAUCGUUUCUAAUAUGGCACAUUUGUUUUCUCUUUUAAAAUCAAGUACAAGAUCUGUUUUAAUCAAGUUUAAAAUAUUUUGAUAAUUAUAUGGGUGAAAUGCAAUUUUUAUGUACAGAUCCAAUUUGUUCUGUGUUCAUAAAUAAAACCUAUAUUACCUCCUGAA